GAACAAACCGGGCGACAGGAAUAACUGCUGAUUAAACAACACUGAAUGAAACUGAGUUUUAAGAAAUCACUUACUUUAUACAUUUAUUACACGUCGUAGUACGCGUUCCUGCACACCACAGACACGAAAGGAUUUGUGGCACAGCGCAAUUUUUAGGUAUGAAUGCGCAUCUGAUUGCCUUUGACUUUGUUCUUCUAAAAAUAACAGUCCAUGCAUGGCUGGCAGGCCCUUGAAUUAGCUUGCUCGAGUUGGAUGAAUGAGAGACACGCAAGUUUUUUUUGUUAGUAAUGCCAGGCAUUAUGUACAUUUUUGCAAUCAUUAUUUGAUCAGAUUGCAUCUGAGUGAUUGAUAAAUUGCGGCUAAUAACUAGCUACCUAGCUAUCCAGCUAACGUUAGCUAGCUAACUUACUGAAUGGCGUGGGCUGAAUCUAUCUACAAAGAUACUACAAGCAAUCCCUAACCUAGGUAGCUAGCUAACAUACUAUAUGGUAGCCAGAUUAAACUUAAUUUAGAACUUGUUUUCAUUGCAAAGUACUGGAAGACAUGAAUCUCCAAUAAGAUUGCUAUCCUGUCGUGGUUUCUGGAUGUGUAGCUAGCUAUCUGAUUGUUGCCAUUGUGAUCUCUUACAGGUGUUGCAGGAGGUUUGCACCAGCAUGUCUGUAUCUGUGAUCAUUAAAUGGGGAGGGCAGGAGUACUCCAUCAGUACACUCUCCGAAGAGGACACUGUGCUGGACCUCAAGCAGUCCAUCAAGUCCCUGACAGGAGUUCUCCCAGAGAGGCAGAAACUCCUAGGAUUAAAGGUAAAAGGUAAGACCCAUCUGUGGAUUGCAGGUGUAAAGGCCAAUACCAAUAACUGUUUUACUGUGUUUGAGAGCUAAUUGACAUGUGCAGCACAGAUCGUAUGGAAGUAUUUUCCUUCACAUGCUUCACACCAUUGUGGAUUUCUGCUUUUUUCUGAGCUGUCUGGAGUCAUCACAUCUUAAUGGUUCAGUCUCUCUCCCAGGUAAACCAGCAGAGGACCAAGUGAAGCUGGGUUCACUGAAGCUGAAGCCCAAUACCAAGAUCAUGAUGAUGGGCAGCAGGGAGGAGAGUCUGGUGGGUUCCUCUUCCUUCCACUAAACUGUAUGGUGAACCAUUCCACACCCGGGACUGUGAUUGGUGAAGCCUGCUUCCAGCUGUUUACCAGAAGCAAUGUCAAGACAAGGACUGACUUGUAGAGAGUUUAUUUUCCUAACUUUAGCAUGUCUAAGACCUAGGCCUCAUAACACUCAAUCGCUUCGUUUUGUUUUGUGAAGGAAGAAGUUUUAGCACCUCCCCCAGAGAAUGAUGACGUUGUCAAUGACUUUGACAUUGAAGAAGAGGUGAUUGAAGUACAGAACAGGUGCAGUAGGACUUUGCAGAUACAACUAAUUUAUACUGUAGCUUCAGUCAUGCAAGUAAUGAAUUGAUUUUGCUCAAACUUCGCUUGGCACUCUACGGUAUGUUUUCUAAGAUGGCGUAGUCAGUCCAAUGUCUUGUUUUAACUUAAUGCCCUUUUGUUUUCUUUAGAGAGGAGAACUUGGCCAAGAUAGCCCGCCGUGUCAAAGACUACAAAGUGGAGGGGAUGAACCCACCCAGGGCAGGAAAGAGGCUGCUAGUACUAGAUGUGGACUACACGUUGUUUGGUGAGUAGGAAGAACAUCAAAACUGCCCUGGGCACCUGCUGUUUGCCUGAUGAAGUCAUUCAUAAUUACACCAUUUCUAAAUAUGAAACACAUUUGAGAUUUUAAGAAUGUAGAAUGUUAUUGAAUGAUUUUAUACCAUUGUCCUUAUGCUGUUUGUUUUUUUUCAAACGUUUGAGCAUGUUUCUCUGUGAUUUGUUUCAUUCCAGAUCACAAGUCAUGUGCAGAGACGGGACAAGAGCUCAUGAGGCCUUUUCUCCAUGAGUUCCUGACCUCGGCGUACGAGGACUAUGACAUCGUCAUCUGGUGUAAGUACCAAACUGCUUGUUUUGAUGUAAAUGGAACGUUCAAGGUAACUCGCAGUAAUUUGUGUUUAAUUUGUUCUAGCUGCCACGAGUAUGAAGUGGAUUGAUGCUAAAAUGAAAGUAAGUAUUCCCUUUUGAUAUGUUGAUUUUGUAUCAGUCUCAAUUCAUUUGUUGGCUCUUCAUGGCCAGAAAGGGGCAGUUUCCCCAGAAGAGUUUUCACAACCUCCAUUGAGCGCUAAACACAUGCAUAUUGAGUAGCAGUGAUUUAAUAUGCGGGAUUGACCUGUAGUGUCGAGCGUCAGAUCAGAUGUUGCCUUCCUGUUGUGGUGUAUGUGACCGUCUCGCCGUGCCCUCUGGUUUCUCAGGAGCUGGGAGUGACGGACAACCCCAACUACAAGAUCACCUUCAUGCUGGACAGUGCAGCCAUGAUCACCGUGCACACGCCUAAGAGGGGUGUAGUGGAGGUGAGUGGGCCUACACUGGAGCAUACAACCCUCAUAAAUCCCACUGAUUCAUGUCCCAGUCGCCUUAUGGAACUGCCUCAAGUCAGUGUUGUGGUGGGCGUGUUUCAGGUGAAGCCUCUAGGGGUGAUAUGGGGAAAGUACAGUGAGUUCUACAGCAAGAGGAACACUAUCAUGUUCGACGACAUUGGCAGAAAUUUCCUUAUGAACCCACAGAACGGACUGAAGGUAAGUUAUGGUAGAACUUCCAUUACUAGACCGGGCGUUUCUUUGCUUACCAUUGGAGGUGUGGAAAGCCCAGCUCACCCACGUUAUAAUUAGGGUUUCUAACUCUACAGGUUGAUCAAAACAGACAUUGUCAUCCAUCAGUACAGUUUGAUAUUUAUAGCACUUAUUGCAUUAUAACGCGUUGCAAGUGUUACCAAAGGGGUGAACUAAUCAGUUCUCCUCACUGGUUACAUGGACAGACUUGCGUUUUGACAGAGGUAGAGGUGCUGUAAAUCCACCAGAGCAGACCAGUAAAAUGCAUGCGCGUGUAAUUACACUUCUUUGGACCCCCGACACUAAUUAGAGGCUGGGGUAUAUUUACUAAAAUGAGAUGGCCGGCCAUUAUAAGAGACCACCGUUUGUUUGAGACUCUGGGCUCUAUUUGAACAAAUCUAACGCAAUGGUAUGGCAGCGCUAUAGGUCCGCCCAUCGUUACCGCUAAGACCAGCUUCUGGUUGGUCUUAAAUAUCCCCACCAGUGCUGCCUGAAAUUGGCACUUUGGAGCAUGAUUUUAAGAACACACCUCACAUAUUGCCACCCCUCCCACCUCAGCGUAAGCGAGCUCAUAUAAGAGAGGUACAUUACCAAUCCUGGCGCUAGGGUUUGAAAAUAGAAGUGCGACGGCUUUAACAGGUCAAUUGCAAACUAGCGUGCGUUUGGACAAUAGCAAACUAGCGUGCAUUUGGACUGUGCAUUUUAAUGUCCGUUUUCAAUAAGUAACCCUACCAAAGCCUCCUUGAGUCUUCCAGGUGUCAGCUGUCAUUAUGGUGUGAAUUUUGAUACAACACAUUUUCAAUGUUUUUUUCCCCCUCCUUUAGAUUCGUCCAUUCAUGAAAGCGCACUUAAACCGUGAAAAAGACAAAGAGCUCUUCAAACUGUCUCAGUAUCUUAAGGAGAUUGCCAAACUGGAGGACUUCUCUUGUCUCAACCAUAAGCAUUGGGAGAGGUAAGGUUACGGAAAUAUGAUUCUGCUACUGACUCUGUCUUAGCACACCUUUUUUUUGCUGCUUCAUUACUGACUUUUGUUUUAAACUAGAUGAUAAUUGCUUUGUGAUCAUUGUUGUGUUGUGUAUGUCCGCAGGUAUCGCGCAAAGAAACCGAGCCAGUGAGAGCGUUGUUGUGGAUGUGUGAAGGGAUCAUCAUUCCUCAACCAGGAACAGGGCAGGACACUCAAGCCCUCACCAAACUACUGCUGCUGUUUCCCAUUGUAUGGCGUGUUUUAUUUACUUCUGUUCUUCCCCCUCAUCUCUGUCUUUCUCUGUUGACUUCAGUCCGGGAGACACGGUAAAUACUAUACAAAAUCUCAGUACUCAGUUUACAUGCAAUGGAUUUUGUUAGGUUUCACCCAGUCGCUCUUUCACAGCAGUGACUCUGUCAUCUGUAGCUAUGACACUUAAACUCAGUUAUACGAACAUGAGUUUGUUCUGUACUGAUACUGUUAUGUAUUCUCUCUCUCCACUCCCCCUGGCUCUCUCCCCUAUGGCAACACCAUACCAAGUAGAUAGAGCAAAGCUGGUACAGUAACUGAGUGUUACCGAGUACACUGAGGUAAAGUUGUGUGACAGGUUACUUAACUAAUCACUGAGGUGGAUUAGGCCUCUAUUAGGAUGGUGACCUCCAUAUACUGCUGCUUGUCACAGAGGUCGUUUCUGAAGGAGACGGAUGACGUUGUCCAUCAGGCAGUUUUAGAUUGUCAUUGUCUGCUGACAUCAGCUAUGCCUGCCUGGAAACCAAAUAUAUCUCUGCACGUGGUUAGACAGUAUUUUUUUUAAAUAUGCAUUUGACCUAACUUUGAUUUGAACUGAAACACCUUCUUUUUCAUAUUCUCAGGCAAUUGUUAGGUCCACUAAACCAAACAAUACUUGUUGUAGUAGAAUGAUUGAAAAUAACUGGGGGAAAAAGGCACUUACAUUGUUUUUGGACAAUUAAAGGCAUUGUGUUGUUUGGCAGGCUCAGCCCAAGCACUAGACACUAAACUCAGAUCAGACUUCUCUGAUUUUGUAUGAGGUUUAUUUGUAAAUAGUAUUUAAUAUUUUCAGUUGGAAAAAAGGGAUAUGGUUCAGAGCAUUGAGUCACACCUUUUUUAUCCGUUACUAGUUUUCUCUUUAAAAGGCAAAUAUUUGACAGUAAUGAAAUAUUUGCUAACAUUUGCUUUAUCCAUUGGCUGUAACACUAGAGCGUCAAUUCUCUCACGUCAUCCUGCGAAGUUAUGCAAUAAUCUAAAGAGUGACUGCUAUCAGAGGAAAUUAAUCAAUGUCAGGGUUUACAGAAUAUUUUCAACUCUUGUUAUUUCUGUUUUAGAUUGUCAAAUAUUUAUUUUACACAGACUUCCUUACUACUUUGAUUUCUAGUAAAGAAUGUUUUGCUACCUUCAUGUUGGAUGUCAAAGGAAAAUGUGUAAAUAAGCAUUUCAGUUGUCAAAUGAAGGCACUAUCAUUUAACAAGCUGUGUGUCCUUACCCACGCAUCCCAGGCACUGAAUACACACCUGGAUGACUGACAAUAGUACAUCAUGUCUGUCGCUGAAGCAGCACUUUUCAAACAAUGAAAAAUCUAUUGAUAUUUAUUUUGUAUUAUUGAAUAUUAAAUCAUACAAUCUACCUGCAGUGAAGC